GGUGAUGGAAACAGCCUGAGCAGCGCCAGGAGCCCAAACCAGCUGGUCUGGAAGUGGUUUGGGAUAAUCCAGCGGUUUCUGCCGGGUUUGGGGUUUGGCCCCUGCUCCAAUUCCCUGCCCCGGGCAGGCCCAGGAUCAGCCCGACCCUGCUCCCCCCGCCCUUCCCAGCGGCCCUGGGUGGGGGGAAGAGCCGGGCCAGCUCCGGCCUCUUCCAGCGCCCGCCCGCGAAUUGCAAAACAACUUUCUGGGUUAACGUCGGCGGCACAAAGGGCUCAUUGUGCCGCGCUCCGAGAGCGCCGCUGGCCCCGGGCCAGCCCGGCUCUGCGAUUCCAGAGGUGCGGGACGGCCUCUCCCACCGCCCCCGGCCGUGCCCGGGUACCCCCAUCCCUGGGCCGGCCCAUCCCGGGGCACGAUCCGGGUGUUUUGUGGCCCCGGGGACAAUCCCCGGCCUAUUUUUAGCCCCGCUCUGCUUCCACCGCUCCUUCCUUGUGGUUUGCGGUGAAAUCCCCUCCCGGGGCCGUGUUUCCAGCCCGGCUUGGGUGUUGCUUUCCCACACAGGAAUGUGAUCCCGGCUCCAGCCCCUUUAUCUGCGAGCUUGGAGCCUUUCCAGAAGGAGGGAGGCAUUCCUGGGAGAUUAACCAGCCGGGCCUGGCUCACCUGCUUCCUCCCGGCUCUCCCCCCCACCCCAAAACGCUGCCAGAGCCCCCAAAAGGGAGCAGAGCCGGGGUGGGAAGGGCAAAGCCUCUCCCUGGUUUCUGAGCUUGGAAAAAAAAGCAGGAUCCUCUUCCCGGCCCGGCUGGGAUCGAGCCCGGUGCCAGCCCCGGCCGCCUCCGAGCCCCCGCGGUUUUCCACCACCUGCUUCCCGCCCGUGCCAGGCCGGAUGGUGGGGACGGUGCCCUGUCCCUCGGUGGUGCUGGCACGUCCCGGCCCCGGGAUGAUGCCCUGCCGGCCCCCGCCGCCCAUCCAAAGGUCUCCCCGGGGCGGGAGCUGCUCCCAGAGCUCGCCGUUCCCACCCAGAUCCAGGUGAGGGGCUGAGCCCGGGGCUCGUCACCGGCUGCACUUUGGACGCCGGCGGCCAUGGAAUAUUCGGAAUUCGGUGCCAAAGCCGCUUCCCCGGCCUCGGUUCCCGGCUGCAGCACCGCCGAGCCCGCGGCGAUGGAGCGGCCGGCGGGGAUGGAGAAGCAGAGCCCGGUGGAUUACGGCGUCCAGAUCCGCUUCAUCAACGACCUCCAGGAGCCCCGCAGACCCCCGAAGCCGCGGGGCAAGCCCGGCUCCUACGGCGUGGCCGUGCGGGUCCAGGGCAUCGCCGGGCAGCCCUUCGUGGUCCUCAACAGCGGCGACAAGGGCGGCGACUCCUUCGGGGUGCAGAUCAAGAGCGACGGGUCCUACCCGACCCCCCCCUGGCCCUCGGGCUCCGUCAGCUCCGACUCGGACCUGCCGGAGAACCCCUACGCGGGGCGGCAGCGCCGGCACGGCUCCUACAGCACCUCGGACGAGGAGGCUCCGGGGGGCUCCCGGCGGGACCCCCAGCCCGCGGCGGGCGAGGAGCUGCGGAGGACACAGAGCCACGGGGACCUGCUCAGCGCCGCCGCCGAGGAGCCCCCGGCCCGCGGCAUUCCCGGCAUCCAGCGGCAGCAGCAGCAGCAGCAGCGCCGGGCCCCGAACGGGGGGAAGAGCGGCAGCGCCUCGAGCAUCGCCCCGGGGCACAAACCCCCGGGGGCCGCGGGCGAGGAGCCGUCCUCGGAGCCGGAGGUGGCCGGGGGGGACGUGGACACCAAGCCGCUGUCCUCGGUGGAUUCCCUGAUCAGCAAAUUCGACGGGAAGGGGCAGCAGCAGCAGCGGGGAAGGGCGGCCAGGAGGGGCCGCAUCCCCUCGGCCGAGAGGAAGCGCUCGCAGAGCCUGGACGGCCGCGUGUCCCACCGGGAUUUGUCCCACCGGGAUGGCCCGGACGGCCGCGGGACUCGCCCCCAGCCCUCGGGACCCGCCGGCAGCCGCAGCCCCCCGCGGGGAUCCGGGGGGAUGGACGGGGCAGGGGUGAAGGUCCAGCGGGGAAUUCGGGCCACGGAGGAGCAGAGCAAAGCCCGGGCAGAGCUGCAGCUCAAAUCCACCCCGGACCUGCUGCGGGAUCAGCGGGAGGUGGCCCAGCCUGGUGGCAGUGAACACCCCAAGGAGCUCAUCUACAGCAUCCUGAAGGAGGGGAGCAGUGAGAGUGAGAUCUCCCUGAAGAGGAAAACCUCCCGGCUGCUGGAGAAGAUGCAGGAGCUGGUGGUGCCCCCCAAGGACGGGGCGUGUUCCCAACCCCAGCACAGGGAACUGGCCAGGAAGGUGGAGGAGCUGCAGGAGAAGCUCGAUGAGGAGACCAAGCUCCGCCAGAAGCUGGAGCUGCCGGGGGGCCCCUCCCGGCUCCGCGAGGCCGAAGCGGAGACCCAGCGGCUCCAGGGGGCUCUGGAGAAGAAAAACCUGGAGCUACAGAGGAGUCUGCAGGAGCUGAAGGAGGUGAGAUCCUCCAAGGAGCAGGUGGAGAGCCGGCUGGGGGACUGCGAGGAGCAGCUCCUGGCCACGCGCCGGGAGCUCGAGCGGCUGCGCCAGAGCCCCGGAGCCUCCCCGGACGCCGAGUCCCUGUACAAGGAGCUGCUGGAGGCCCGGGAGGAGCUGGAGGAGGCCCUGAGCUCGAGGCAGAGGCAGGAGGAGCAGCUGCGGCUGCGGGAGCGGGAGCUGACGGCGCUCAAGGGGGCCCUCAAGGAGGAGGUGGCCACCCACGACAAGGAGCUGGAGAGGGUCAGGCAGCAGUGCCAGAGCGACAUGGAGCAGCUGAGGAGGAGCAUGGAGGGCAUCUCGCAGGACAAAGCCGACCUGGAGUCGGAGAGGCAGAAGGUGGGGGCGGUGGUGAGGACCCUGCAGCGGGAGCUGGAGGAGAGCGCGGAGGAGACGGGGCACUGGCGGGACAUGUUCCAGAGGAACAAGGACGAGCUCAGGAGCACCAAGCAGGAGCUGCUGCAGGCGAAGCUGGAGCGGGAGGAGUUCGAGGAGGAGCUGCGGGAGCUCCGCGAGCGCUUCCAGGCCGCCCGGGAAGAGGCGGAUCAGGCCCGGAGCAGCGCCGCCGAUCCCGGCGAGCUGGAGGCCCUCAGGAAGGAGCUGCGGGAGCUGGCGGAGGAGCGGCAGGAGCGGGAGGAGCGGCUGCGGGAGCGGGAGCGGGAGCUGCUGGCGCUGAGGGGGGCCCUGAGGGACCAGGAAUCCGGCCGGGAUGGGGAGCUGGAGCAGCUCCGCAGGGACCUGCAGCGGCUCCGGGAGGAGCGGGACGGGGCGGCCGAGGCCAAGGCCUCCCUGGAGAGCGCCCGGGAGGCGUCGGAGCAGGCGAGGCGGGCGCUGGAGUCCAGCCUGAGGGAAGUGCAGGAGCAGAACGACGACCUGAGGAGGGAAUUCCUGGGCCUGGAGACGAAGCUGAAGGAAUACGAGCGCCUGGGGGAGAACUGGGAGGGCUCCCAGGCCCGGCUCAAGGACAAGGUCGCCAAACUGGAGGCCGAGCGCAGGCAGGCGGAGGAGUCGCUGGGAGAGGCCACGGAGCGGGAGCAGGAGCUGCUGUUGGCCAAGAGGUCCCUGGAGACGCGGCUGGAAGAGGCCGAGCGGGGCCUGGCCCGGCUGGCCCAGGAGCAGCAGGACCUGAGCCUGUCCCUGCAGGAGGAGCAGCGGCAGAAGGAGCAGCUCAAGCGCUCCAAGAACGAGCUGGAGGAGCAGAAACGGCUCCUGGACCGAACCACCGAGAGGCUCAACAGAGAGCUGGAGCAGAUGACGGCGGAAUCCCAGAGCUCCCUGAGCUCCCUGAGGGCGCAGCUGGAGGAAUUCAAGGAGAAAUCCCGGCGGGAGAUCACGGAUUCCCAGAAGCAGGCCAAGGACCGCGGGGCCGAGGUGGAGAAGAUGCAGCUCAGCCUCGGGCGGCUGCAGGACGAGGUGUCCCGGCUGAAGCAGGCGCUGCAGGAGAGCCAGGCCGAGAAGGAGAACGUCCUGCUGGAUAAGGAGGUGCUGCUCCAGCGCCUGCACAACCUGGAGCAGGAGGUGGACGCCCGGAAGCGCUCCCAGGACGAUCGAUCCCGGCACCUCAAAACCCUGGAGGAGAAGUCCAAGCGGCUGGAAGUGGAGCUGGAUGAGGAGAGGAGCACGGUGGAGCUGCUGACGGAGCGGGUCAGCCGGAGCAGGGACCAGAUCGAGCAGCUGCGGGCGGAGCUGCUCCAGGAACGCUCCAGCCGCCAGGACCUGGAAUGUGACAAGGUGUCCCUGGAGCGGCAGAACAAGGAGCUGAAGAACCGCCUGGCCAGUUCCGAGGGGCAGCACCGGCCCAGCAGCACCGUGUCCCAGCUGGAAGCGCGGCUGGAGGAGCUGCAGGACCAGCUGCAGGCCGAGGAGAGGGAGAAGAACGUCCUGCUCUCCUCCAACCGCAAGCUGGAGAGGAAGGUGAAGGAGCUCAGCAUCCAGAUCGACGACGAGCGGCAGAGCGUCAGCAACCAGAAGGACCAGCUGAGCCUGCGGGUGAAGGCCCUGAAGAGGCAGGUGGACGAGGCGGAGGAGGAGAUCGAGCGCCUGGAGGGCGCGCGGAAGAAGGCGCAGCGGGAGCUGGAGGAGCAGCACGAGCUCAACGAGCAGCUGCAGAACCGCGUCAAGGCGCUGGAGAAGGAGGCCUGGCGCAGAGCCGCGCGCUCGGCGGCCGACGCGUCGCUGCAGGACGAGCAGCUGAGCUCGGACGAGGAGUUCGACAGCGCCUACGGCCCGUCCUCCAUCGCCUCCCUGCUCAACGAGCCCAACCUCCAGACCAGCUCCUGCUGACACGCCGCAGCGGGGCCAGUUCCCCCUGGAGUGGGGCCAGUUCCCCCUUCGGAUGCUGCUGCUGCUGCUGCUCGAGGAAAAAAAACUCUUCCGAGGACAUGAAGGAAGGAAGGGUGGGAACCCUCUGGGAACCUCCCGGGGACCUCCUGGGAACCUCCUGGGGACCUCCUGGGAAUCUCUUGGGAACCCCCUGGGAACCUCCUGGGGACCCCUUGGGAGCCU